AUGAGAUAUUCUGGAAAAUCAGGAACCAAUAGUGAUAUGACCAUCGAUGUCAUCACUGUAAAGGGAGCUGGACAUAUGGUUCCGAACGAUCGACCAGGACCAGCUGUUCAGAUGAUUACCAACUUCUUAUUCCCAACCAAAAACGGCGUUGACUAUUCCAAUCAAAUUCUUGACCCCACUCCUCAGUUCUCUAAGACCAUAUAUGACAGUUUCUCAGCGUCAUUUAACAUUUUGGGUGUGGUCAGUUGCUUCAUCUAUCUCUUCAUUUUCUAA